UUUGUUGUUAACAGUUCAUUAGCACUAUAGGCGGAGAUCUGGGGCUACGUUAGUGUGCCAUACUACAAUGUCACCGAUAAAUCAACUCUCUAUCGUUUACGAUCCGGUUAAUAACAGAAACACAUUCACAAACGGCGAUGUUAUUAAUGGUCGAGUCAGUUUCGAAGUGACUAAAGAAGUUACGAUUGGAAGCCUUUACAUAAAGUGUAAAGGUGAAGCAAAAGUGAGCUGGAGCGAUCGGAAUGACCGACACCGUACUUACAGCGCUAUUGAAAGAUACUUUAAACUCAAACAGUAUUUCAUUCAGGACCCUUCAAAGAAAGGAACUGAAGAUCCCGGUGUGAUAUUAACAAGUGGAGAGAUCUACAGCAAUGUGGUUAAGCCCGGAAACCAUGUUUAUCCAUUUAGCUUUCAACUGCCCCAUGGAAAUUUUCCAGCAUCUUUUGACGGCUGUCAUGGCUCAGUAAAGUACAUUCUCGAAGUCACAGUGGACCGUUCAUGGAAAAUGGGCCGCACUGCAAAAAAAGAAAUUCUCUUUGUGCCAAGGUCUAGUGGUGUCAAUUUAAUGAGCCCACAGAGUGGAUCUGUCAACAAAAAGAUGAAACUUUUCUCCUCUGGAAGCACUUCAGUGAAUGCAACAAUUGACAAAAUGGGCUAUAUGCAAGGUGAGGUCAUGAAGGUUACCAGUGACAUCAAUAACUCCUCUUCCCGCGAUCUCAAACUGAAGUACAGUCUUGAGCAAAUACAGUCAUUCUUUGCAGAGGGUCACUCCAACCAUUCCUACCGUACCAUUUUUAAAAUUGUUGGUGAUCCCAUCCCAUCUGGAUCAAAGCAAACAGUCAACAAAGACCUGACGCUUCCAGACAAUCUGAAUUUGAGCAUUAUGCACUGUAGGAUUAUGAAAGUGGAGUACAUGUUUAAGGUCUAUUUGGAUGUGCCUUAUGCAAGUGAUCCUGAGAUCAAAUUCCCAGUGACCAUUCUUCCUGCAGGUUAUAUUUUUUCUCCAGGGCAAAACCAGCCAGCUUAUCAGCCCUAUGGAAACCCAGGUGCACCAGGAUGGAACCAACCCCCACACCAGCCUGGAUUUGGGCCCAGUCCCCCAGGCACUAAUUUUGGCCCAGCUCCAGGGUUUUACCCAGGUCCCUACCCUUUACCUGUGUGUCCAAAUCCACCAGCUCCUCCUCCUUCCUAUACAGACCUCUAUCCAAAUCCAAAUUCAGCAGCCUCAGACUUCAAUUCUGAUCCAUCAGCUCCACCCUUUAAUCCUCAGUAUGCACCUAUGGGUUAUCCAAAUCCAGUACCGAGUGCCCCGCAGUUCGGUCCAGGGCCUGCUGUCCCGGGCUAUGUUCCAGCAGGAGCUCCCUCAGGAUUCUGGCCAAAUCCAACCACACAACCAGAAUCUUAUCCAACUAAAUCCCCUGAGAAACAUGAAUAAUCUGAAAGGUAGAGGACACAUGAAAUUAUGAUAUGGAUGACACUGUGGUUUAAGGAUGCAGGAGAAUUUUACACAUCAUAUAUGCAAUGUGUGCAUAUUAUUUUGUUUUAUUAUUAUUAUUAUUAUUAUUAUUAUUAUUAUUGCAGUUGCUCCAGCACCCCUAAUACCUUCAUCCUUUAUAUAUAUAUAUAUAUAUAUAUAUAUAUAUAUAUAUAUAUAUAUAUAUAUAUAUAUAUAUAUAUAAUUUCUUUUUUAUACCAGCAUACGGCAUAGCAUUUUGGGUUCACUCCAGUAAGUUCCUGAUAGUAACAAACAAUUAAAGUUAAUUUUGUAUAAUUUACAUUUAUGGCAAUAAUGACUUGUGUAUAAAUAUAUCUGAAUUAUAUUGGUAUACAUGAAAAAAUACUUUUUAUUAGCUUUAAAUUAUAUUAUUAGUACUAGUAGUAAUAUUAGAAAACACUGCAAAAUUGCAUGCAAAAUUGGAUGGGACUUAAAUGGAUGCCAGAAAAUGGUGUGGUAAAUGUUAAUUUUAUGGCAGAUGAUAAGUCAGUAAAUAUUAAGAUGCUAUGAAACAUUUAGGGAUUAACAGCAACUAUGAGCUUGCAAGGCUGAUCCCAUGUUCCGAGUUGCUUUUUACAGUUUUAACAACUGCUCAAUUUUUCAUAAAAUUUGGGAAAUUUUCCAACAAAAAUUCAAAUCAUAUGCACUAUUAAAUUGGCACUAGCUAAUUCUCAAAUAUUCAAAUAAAUUGAUAAAGAAAUCAAUGGGGGAAAAUGAAACUUGAAACUGGAGGAAAGCUUUUACAAAAUAUUUAAAUGUUUUCUGUCCCCAUCAACAUCAGUGCUGUGACACACUAAACAAACAAAUUAUUAUGAAGCUUCAGAGAGACUACAGCCAGAUUUCACUGUCAACAAAGAUGACUUAGGAUAAUUCUAAUGUACACCACUCCCUCUGUAAACAAACUUGAAGUCACAAAAAAGUGAGUAGUUACGUUUUUUUUUUUUUGGUACACUGCAUUUCAUUAUGUAUCUGAGUCCAGAAAAUGACCUCAAUAAAGGACCCAAUUUUGUAAGCUAAUUCUCAUAUUUUAGGAGAAAUCUGUCCGUGUUUGAACCUUUCUACUCUUGAAAUUCUUAUCAGUAUGUGAAAAUUCAAUCUUGGCCUGCAUUUUUAGUACUCUCCACUCAAACGUACACACAGUAUAUAAAUGAAGACUGGUUGUGAAAUUAAAUGAGAGGGUUGAAAGCCUAAUAUCUAGCAAAAGAUCAACAGCAAAACAAUGUUUGACCAGUAUUUCACAAGGUCUAUAGCAUAAUCUGUAGCAUAGUAAGAACAAUGCAGGAAAAAAAUAUUACAUAUACACAUAUUCUUAGUAUUGGGUUUAUGAAUAUUUCCUUUCAGCGAAUGAAAAUCUUUAUUAGAUUUGAGUAUGUAUUUCACAUGCACCUUAACAAUCAGUGAUUUAUUUUAUAUUUCCAUCAGAAAAUUUAUAUAUUUCUUGGAGAAUAAAUAUCUCAGCGGAAUUUUA